AUGGAGCCCACGGCAGAGCACCUUUACGCGCUUAGCGACAGCGGCCAGGAGUCCGCGAUCAGCAAGGAGGCACCUGGAGGCUGCACAGACUUUGCACUGCAUGCAAAUACGAUGUUUGUCACGUACACGGGCAGUCGUAUCCACGACAAGGAGGAGUUUCACCAGUUGUUGAGGGAGUCGCUCACACCGGGUUUGCCCCGGAUCAGUGGCACCAAUGGAAAGGUGGGAACCGUGAAGAUAUUUGGCAGCAGGCAGCUGCACGACGACGGUACUCGUCAAUACCAUGUGUUGCUUAUGUUUCACCCGCGAGUACAUUGGAACAGCGCCCGCGACAAACUCUCCGUCUGGAUGGACGUGGACGGUAAUCGUGAGGUGGACACGACGGACGUCGAAAUCCGCAAGAAACCUUUCGGAGAGACCGCUGCCCAGUUCUUGCAGAGCGUGCAGGAUUACAUCGCCAGGGGCGGUGAUGUCUUCGGCGAACGGAUGAGUGUCCAGUCGUCGCCUGAUGGGGCAGGCUCGUUCUGUGAGAUGGAGGCGCUACCGCCCCUCGACUCGAAAGAACGGAAGACUGUUCUCUUCAUCUACUUCCUCUUUUUCGUUAAAAGAGAACAAAGCAGGACAAUGUGA